AUGCUCUGGCUACUGCAGGGGAUAAUCAAUGGUGUCCGAACUGCUGCAUCGAUCAGGGUGGAUAUGGAUUUGGAUGCUACUGCUCAAGAUUUUCCGUCUUCUUAUUCUUCCUCAUACGCAUUUUGUCCCUUAUGGUCCCGUUCCAGUUUCACUUUUAUACUUCCUGUAUUCAACUUCCCAAUUCUUGGUCCUCCCACACCUUGCGUUGCUAAUUUCAACUUACAUGUGAACGCAGAGCGUCAUUCCUGUCCUCUCGUCAAGCCCACGUCCAACAAGCGACCAAGCCCAGACUUCCAUUUGGAGCCCUCGAUCAUCCUUUGUAGC